ACCCAGGCGAUGGCAACCAGGAGAAGCCAAACUUGGUCGUCCCUUCCGAAUCGCGGCAGGGUCCCGGCGCGCUGCCGGACUGCCUGCGGUGCCCAUGGCGCUUUACGAGCUGUUCUCUCACCCGGUCGAGCGCGGUUACCGCGCUGGGCUCUGCUCCAAAGCCGCGCUGUUCCUGCUCCUGGCCGCCGCGCUCACGUACAUCCCGCCGCUGCUGGUGGCCUUCCGGAGCCACGGGUUUUGGCUGAAGCGGAGCAGCUACGAGGAGCAGCCGACCGUGCGCUUCCAGCACCAGGUGCUGCUCGUGGCCCUGCUGGGACCCGAGCGCGCCGGGUUCCUCGCCUGGAGCACGUUCCCCGCCUUCAACCGGCUGCAGGGGGAUCACCUGCGCGUCCCGCUCGUUUCGACUAGAGAAGAAGACAGGAACCAGGAUGGGAAAAUGGACAUGUUGCAUUUUAAGAUGGAGCUUCCCCUGCAGUCCACGGAGCACAUUUUGGGUGUGCAGCUCAUCCUGACAUUUUCCUACCAAUUGCAUAGGAUGUCCACGUUUGUGAUGCAGAGUAUGGCGUUUCUCCAGUCUUCCUUUGCUAUUCCGGGUUCCCAGUUAUAUGUGAAUGGAGACCUGAGAUUGCAACAAAAGCAGCCACUAAGCUAUGGUGGCCUAGAUGUCCGUUACAACGUGUCCGUGAUCAACGGGACCAGCCCUUUUGCCUAUGACUACAACCUUCCCCAUAUUAUUGCUGCCUACCAGGAAAGGAACGUUACCACCAUCCUCCAUGUUCCCAAUCCCAUCUGGCUGGUGGGCAGGGCCGCAGAAGCUCCAUUUGUGAUUAAUGCUGUCAUCCGAUACCCUGUAGAAGUCAUCUCUUAUCAACCAGGAUUCUGGGAGAUGAUCAAGUUUGCCUGGGUCCAGUAUGUCAGUAUCCUGCUUAUCUUCCUCUGGGUGUUUGAAAGAAUCAAGAUUUUUGUGUUUCAAAACCAGGUGGUGACCACAAUCCCUGUAGCAGCAGUGCCCCAGGGAGGAAUGUAUAAGGAACACUUAUCCUAAGAAGAUAAUAUCUGAAGACUUGGAAGGACCAUGGCUACCUCACUGUUGUCUUCUGAGAUCUGCCAUCUUAGGACAUUUCUGAAAGAGUCCAGUGGACACAUGUGGGCUUGUGU